AUGAGCGACCAAAUCCAAUCCGAGACAGGAAAAACUAAAGUUGAGAUAGAAAGCAUUGAAACACUUCAAGCUAACGUCUCGGAGAAUCCGGCCACUCUUUCGUCUUUAUAUGCUUACCUGGUCGAACUAUCGAAAAAAGUGCCACCGCUUCCUCUUCAAGCUAUCCAACAAAACGCUCUUUAUCCAACUGCAGAAAAUAAUGUUUAUUAUAAUUAUGGGCAUUCAAAUCAGGUUAUAACUAGAGAGGGCUUGAAGCAAAUGGCUAUCAGGAGAUACGAGUCGAGGAUACACUAUUCUAAGAGAUAUCACGACAAUGAAAAUGAGUACAGACACGUAAUCUUACCCCGUGCUAUUGCCGAAUUUCUUCCGUCAAAUAAGCUCCUAACGGAAGAAGAAUGGAGAAGCUACGGCCUUAAACAAUCUAUAGGAUGGGAGCACUAUAUGAUUCAUUCACCGGAACCUCACAUUCUGCUUUUUCGACGAGAAAAGGACUAUCAACUCAAAUAUCCUACUGCAAAGGAAAUCAAUUCUGAAGGUAAGUUGAAUGAACAGGAAGUAUCAGCUGAAUAG